AUCAACGUGCCGUAUUGAAACAGAGAACCAACUGAUUAUGGAGUAUCCAAGUUUAAAGCAAAGGAGAGGCCAUAACUUUAGCCCCUAUCUCUUAACUUUCAACUAUCUUCAACUCCCACUUCCUCGGACCUCAGUGGCUGCCGCCGUUCUACGGCACUCUUCUUUCAUGUUAAAACCCUUUUCAUCCCCUUCCAUCUCCGGCUGCCACCAUGCAACCGUCUCCAUCCUUGAUUACUUGUCCUAUCAGAAUUCUAACCACCACCCUCCGACCUUCCACCAUCAUCUUCCAAGCCUAUCACUACCACCAACCUAUUCCAAAGUUCAAUAGUCUUUUUGGGUAUAGACCUCACCUUCUCGGUUCUUCUACCCGUAGUUUUCCUGCUUCUGCAAGUCACACCCCUGAAUCUCAAGUUCCUGCUGCUUCUGCUCCUUUAAUCCAAACCCAUCUUGGUGCUGCGUCUCGGACGUCGACACUGGAAAAGAUGAAUACCGUCGAGGAGGAACUUGAAAAGGCCAUUUAUCGAUGCCGAUUCAUGGCAUUUUUUGGCGUCUUAGGGUCUUUAAUUGGCUCUAUACACUGUUUCAUCGAGGGGUGCGUUCAUGUAGCAGCAUCUUUCUCCGAGUAUUUUGUGAAUCGUGGAAAAGUGAUCAUAGUGCUAGUUGAGGCCAUAGAUGUAUAUCUCUUAGGAACUGUGAUGCUAGUCUUUGGCACGGGUCUGUAUGAGCUGUUUAUCAGCCAACUUGGAAAUGCACGGCCAUUAUCAAAGAGUAACGUUGAGCAUAAAUCCAAUUUAUUUGGCUUGUUCCCUUUAAAGGAACGACCUAAAUGGAUGAAUGUAAGGACAGUAAACGAGCUGAAAACAAAGCUGGGACACGUCAUAGUGAUGCUGCUUCUAAUUGGGUUCUUUGACAAGAGUAAAAAAGUGGUAAUACAAUCUCCAGGUGUUAAUGGUACUAUUCCGAGCUCGAGACUCAGCAGACAGGAUGCUGAAGAUCCGAGAGGCCAAGGAAUGAGGUAAUAAGGCUGUUGGAAGAUAUAUUAAGAUGCUCUGUAUCAGAAGAUUGAGGUCCUCGAGGAGGUCGAACUGAGUGCUCAGUAUCUGGAGCAUGAGAGACUUGAAAUAAUGUGUAGCUGUGAGACAGAGUUUUAGGAGCAGGCCCUGGAGCAUCUUGAUCAGAUGGAAUAUUUGGAGGUAGCUUUCUUCUUCCAGCUUGUGUGGUAAUUAUGUUAGGCCCUUUGGAGAACUUCUUCGCAUUCUUAGGAACAUGAACAGGAUCCUCAUGUUUAGGACAAGGUGCAGUAGAAGCAGAUGGUUGAGAAGGAUUAAUAACAGGCUCCUCGGGACAAGGGGAAUCAGUAUUAGGGACAAAUGCUCUAGGUAUAGAUUGAAACCCAAUACCUUUACAUUUUUUGUCUUCUAUGUCCGAUAUCAAAAUUUCAAAGGCAUGUAAAGAGUCAAAUAAUUUAUCUAACUUUAAAGAUUCAAUAUCAUGAGCUUCUUCCAUUAUUGUUACUUUUA